CUCGCUUCUCCAGAGCACUCACGGAAGCCAAUGCAAUUACAGCCAGAGAGAGUGCCCCCAGCUGGAGAGAACGUGAGAGAAUACCAUCGAGUGAGACAAUGGGAUGAUUGAGAAUAAUUCCCGUGCAGCCCAUUUUCGUGAUAGUUUCUUUUAGUUGUAAUUUCAUUUAAAUAUACAAAUAAAACUGUGACUUGUCUUGCCUCUGACAAUGCUCUCUAAUUAGGUGAUCAAGUAGUGCUUCGUGAACUUGUGCUUAUUUUUGGUGUGAGGGAUUGAGGGCAAUGUGUUGUGGCGAAAAGAAUUUGGUGACGCAGUGACAAUCGAGCGGCGCAUAUGAUGCCGAAGAACGAUAGAAAAAUGGCCCCAAUCGCUGUACAAAGUUCAGAAAUUCUAGUCAACUCGGAAUCUGAAUCAAAUUCCGGGCGCUCCACCACAACACUCAAAUCGCCUGGGGCAUCAGCUGGACGCACCCCUAUGUUCGAUGCCCUCAAGGACUUGUGCGUGAACAAUGUGAACUUCUUCAGGCGCGACGAUUCUGCCACUGGUGUGCGUCUCCACGGCGCCUUUCUGGCUCUCGUGGACCACAUUGAGAAGGCUCGUCCCCUCGUGGACCAAAUCAGUGAUUUUGCCCAUGAGUACGACUUCGACAGCGAGACGCCCGGAAAUGGCUAUAGGAGCUUCAUUAAAGUUAUCGAUUGUUGCAUAAUGCAUAGCAUAAAACUAUGUCGCGCUGUACUCGAAAGUCGCAGUUCCAUUCUCUUCCGCAAGACCCUCUACACAAAGGAAGUUGAGGCCAGUAGUCACCUUCUGGCUAGUCUCUGUGCCAUCCUGGACCAUCUUAUGACCCUCCGGACAUGGAGCUCAGAGGGUAGCCUCUUUAGUGAUCACACAGCUGAGGAACUCCUAGCUCAUGGUGGAGCUAUCAAUCAAUACUGUUUCUAUGGACGUUGUCUGGGAUUUCAAUUCCAUGAGUCCAUUCGUGGUGCCCUCAAAUUUGUAUCCAGUUGCAUGGCAGGCUUCUCAGAAGGAUACUAUUCGGAGGGAAAUCGCUUGUCCAAGACAACAAGCUCAAUGUGGACAAGUGGAAAGUUCCUACUAGAUCCAGAAUUGCGUGCUCGACGUGUUGUGAACCUCUCCCAGAAUUCCGAUGUGCACUUCUGCAAAGCCUUCUGGUUCCUUGCCGAAUCUGAGCUUAUGUGUAGUGUUCCGAGUAUGAUUGGGACAGCGAUAAAAGUGAACAAAAUUGUGACAAUCCCUCCAGAGCCACUCAAGUUACCAAAUUCCGCAGGAGAUGGUUUUGUAGACAUUCCCAUACCAUUUAGCCAUUUAGGUCCAGGACCAGUAACUGCACGACUUCUAAGCUACAAUUUGCGCCGCGGAAUGAUGGGAGAAAGAAGUCACCGUUGCAGCUCAACACUGCCACCGUCCAAGGGAUUAAUAAUCCACUGCCACGGUGGUGGAUUCGUUGCUCAAAGCUCAAAAUCCCAUGAGCUCUACUUGAGAGACUGGGCAUACGCUUUAAAUGUCCCAAUACUGUCAAUUGACUACAGCCUGGCGCCAGCUGCUCCCUUUCCACGUGCCUUGGAGGAAGUCUUCUAUGCUUACUGUUGGGCACUCAACAAUUGCGAAUAUCUCGGAACCACUGGUGAAAAGAUAAUCCUUGCUGGUGACUCAGCAGGAGCCAAUUUGAAUUUAAGUUGCAUCCUUAAGUGCAUAGAAUUCGGAAUUAGAAAGCCCGAUGGUGUUCUUUUGAUGUAUUGUCCGGUUCUCGUGAGCUUUGUCGUUAGUCCAGCACGUCUAUUGUGCCUGAUGGAUCCAUUGUUGCCAUUUAGCUUUAUGAUGAGUUGCCUGAAAGCUUACACGUGCCCCAAUGAGGAAGAUGACGGGAAAAUUGAGAGAAAUCGUCGAAGAGUAACCCAACUGCUAAAUACUAGCAAAGCUACAUCCCUAAUUGCAUCCUCAUCUAGCACUACAAUAACACCCAAUGACUCCAAAAUAGUCAUGAUUCACAAGACAUCAGAUUCAGAUUCCACCAACAGAACAGCCGCCACAGUAAUGGCUCAAAAUGCCAAGGAAUUAUCUGACAAAGCACCUGACGAAGAUCAACUCUCCGAUCUAUCCCUGGACACCUCGACUUGGGACAAAUUGUCCGAAACGGAUUUACAAAAUGCCUCAGCACCCUUCAAAAGUCCAAUGAGCGAUACUCUCAGCGAUACAAUGGCUUCAGCCUCACUCAGGAGUCACACAGUGGGAAAUACAGAAGUACCCAGUCCAGAUGAAAGCAAUGGCACAUCCCUUGAAGAAGAUUCCCAACCCAUAACAAUUCAUAAACCCAUGCAGAAUGGAGUAGAACAUGAAUUCUUCGAGGAGUACCACGUGGAAGUUCACGAACCGGCAGUUCCAUCCUCGCAAUACGUUUCCAGCUUUAUCGAAAGAUACAACCUCGAAAAGGACGAAGAACUGAGGAAGAUUCAAUGUGAUUCUCCAACUACCUCCGAAGAUAACAUAAUUUUUGAAGUGGGCAAAGAUACAUUGAGUGUCAACUUCCUCCGAGAUAGUUUGCAGAAGAUAGCCACUAAGUUGUUUAGCAUUGUAAGCCGUCCCAUAAGUUACGUGCUAAAUUCCAGACAUGUUCCACCAUCCGGGAAGCGCAACUUCGAUUCACUGCAGGCCAAGAGUCCAUCUGAGGAAUUUAUCUUUCAAGUACCAAAAGAUCCCUACAUCUCACCCUAUUUUGCCACUGACGAAGUGCUCAAGGAAAUGCCACCGAUUAAGAUAAUUACCCUCGAGAUGGAUCCUUGCUUGGAUGAUUGUGUGAUGUUUGCCAAGAGACUCAAAACCGUGGGGAAUCCCGUUGGACUGGACAUACUCGAGGGAUUGCCCCAUGGCUUUCUCAAUUUCACGGCUCUCUCAAAGGACGCUGCCGAAGGAUCAAAAUUAUGCAUUGAGCGAAUGGCUGAGUUAAUGGACAUGAAAGUACCUGUCGACAAGACAAAAACCUGUUGUUGAAUACCACGCAAUUUGCUUGUUAUACUCACAUAAAAAUUUGUUACCCAUGAUAUUUAUCACUUUCUUUGUUGCCCCAUUCUUUUUUUUUCAUUCUUGGUAACUCUUGGUGCGCCCUUUUCUUCCAAAAAAAAAAAAUAUUAACAAAAAAAAAAAACACACAAAUUACGUGUAAUAAUUGAAAAUACAAGGCAAUUUUUCCGAUGGUAUUUUAAUAUUAUAAUAAAGAAUAUUAUAUUGGUUAA